GAGCUAUUUUUCAACAGUAGUCUCAAUGAAGUGCACAAAGAGUUGUACAAAAAUAGCAUUUUAUUCAUCAUAUCGACGAGUAUUAUACUCGCGAUACUGACUAUAUGUACGGUCAUCGGCAACAUACUAGUGAUCGCAGCCGUACUACUGGAGCGCAACCUACGGACGCCCGCCAACUAUCUGGUGCUGUCCUUAGCUGUGGCCGACUUCCUAGUGGCCUGUCUUGUCAUGCCUUUGGGAGCUGUCUAUGAAAUCCAGGGCCAGUGGACUCUGGGGGACCUGUUAUGCGAAUUCUGGAUCAGCGUUGAUGUGCUCUGUUGCUCAGCCAGUAUACUACACUUACUGGCCAUAGCUGUGGACAGGUAUUGGGCGGUCACUAACGUUGAUUACAUCCAUCAGCGAAAUGCCAAACGCAUUGGUCUUAUGAUUGUCAGCAUUUGGUUAGUGGCGGCAAUCAUAGCACUGGCACCUAAUUUCGGUUGGAAGGACUCGGAGUUCAAAAACCGGAUACGAGUGGGAAAGAUAUGUCUGGUGUCGCAGAAUAUCAGUUAUCAGAUCUUCGCAACGGUGGCCACCUUUUACGGACCACUCAUUCUCAUACUAGUCCUCUAUUGGAAGAUAUAUCAGGUGGCCCGGAAGCGGAUCCGCCGGAAGCCCGGCAGCACUAUAGAGGUCCGCAACAGUCAUACAGAGACACAGCCGUCGGCACCCAAUUCAAUACAAACCAUAUCGACAGCCGUUGACAACAACUCGCAGUCAACAGAACUCAAUCACUUGACCGCAAGACUCGCUUUCCACUCGAUAGGGCCGCCGAUGAUGUCCAUCGUGACCGACAGGUCCACGUCGACCACCACCUGCACGUCCACCGCAACCAAUCACUCGCCCCCUAUGUUUAAGCCCAUACUCUUGCGAUCGAAAAGUACUCUCAAACAGAGCCUCAACUCGAAGAGAGAGAAAAAGGCGGCCAAAACUCUAGCCAUCGUUACAGGUGUGUUUGUCAUAUGUUGGGCGCCAUUCUUCAUACUGGCGCUACUGAUGCCCAUCUGUUCCACAUGUAGUCCACCUCUUCUACUGAUAAGCGUAUUCUUAUGGCUCGGUUAUGUCAACUCGUAUGUCAGCCCACUAUCACAAACGUUUCGCCAAAACUCAUUGCAGUCUUUCAUUAUAUCGUUAGUUACGCCUAAUAAUGUGUUUUUA